CAUCAACGCAAGAUGGCAGAUAAUACAGGCGAUGUGCUUGAGAGUCGGGUGAGAGAUUCAGAUUCUCCCGACAGGGGUCAACGAAGCCCCGCUGGAUGAGCAUCACCUGGCCGUGCCAUGUUGGAUCUUUCCGAGCUGACAUCCCUUGCUUCAUUGCGUCCUUCCGAGCGACCGAGCCGCCGCGCUUUGUGCGUAUGUGUGUGUGUGUGUAUUCCAGAUCGCCUGGCCGGAGAAAUGGCCGAGCUCCGUGGGCAGGUGGAGGGCAUUUCGUCGGAGCUGCUUGGGCAAAGGGCAAGGGACGAACGAGGUCACUUUGGUGGAAGGUGCUUUGCUCUUGUUCUUUGCAGGGGCUGCUGCUUGCGAGUAUGAAGACUCGCCAGGUGAGUAAGAAACGAUGGGAGGGAGGGAGGGAGGAAGCACGGUGCUCAUCCUCUGUGUCGUGCAGGUGGCUUGUCGUGUGUGGGGCUGUGAGGAGCACCACAGCAUUGCUGCAAGCUGUGUGGCGACGAGAACUCCGACCACUUCGCCAGCGAGUGCCCCUAUGGCGUCAGCCUCUACCAUCAGACGAGCAGGGCGGCCGCACGCGCCGUGGCAUCCUCAGGCGAAAUGCUGCGGGGCUCCACCGGCAUCGUCGGCGGCGGCAUCUACCUGUGAGCAGGCCACACAAACAUGGCCAACCACAGCCGCACACAGGCAUGUCUGUGUCUUGUGUGUUUGGCUGGCGCGUCAGGGCGGCAUCCCCACAGCAGACCGACCGUAAGUCUCAUCAGAGGGGCUGCAUGGUGGACGCGCGUGUGUACCGGGGCAAGGUCUUGCCCCUGACCCCAGGCCAGCACCACCUACACGCGGAUGCAGUGCAAGCAGGCGGGCUACGACUCGGUGCAGCUGGCCACGGGGCGAGAGAUCCGGAGGAGGCCCAGACAGUGGGCAGGCCACAGGAGGCCCACCAAACGGGCCCUAUCUAUAAGUGGCUGCGUUGAUUCUCUAGGGUCCUUUAUAUGUGUGUGGGCGCCAUACACACACGCCACGCCACGAUGCUGCAGCCGAUAGCUUUUUGCUUCCUCGGGGCUUUGUUUGAGACCUGGCCCUUCCCUCUCUCUCGCUCUUUUCUGUCGAGUUAUUCUCGCCCAACCAUUCACACAUUUGUAUUUGUGACGAACUCACCUUCCCCCUCUGUGUGUGUGUGUGUGUGUGUCUCUGUGCAUGCGGUCAGCGUGUGUGUAUCUGUGGGUGGGUGUCGUGUGCGAGAGUGAGUGUUUGCCGCAUGGCAUCGACAGUCCAUCGACCACACACCACACACAGACAGACAGAAACAGAUAAAUAGACAGACAGACAGACGUGUGCCUCGCCGCUCAUUUGGAUGAGUUGGCGUGGUUGACACACUGUGCACUCAUUAAUCGUGGAGUGGUCAUUACUUCAUACGCACACACGACAGACCGGGACGUGCAGCUCAAUUGCCCUGUCGCCCU